UCUCUGUGUGAGGAGGAGAGUGGGCAGGGCUGUAAGGACACUGGGCUAGUGAGACAGAAAGAGAACGGGAGAGAGAAAGGGGAAGGAAGAGAGAGUGUAACUGGAAAGGAGACAGAGAAAGAGAGGGAGAGUGGAAAGAGAGCCCGGAGGGUGCUUGCCCAGAAGGAGAUUGGGUGGCAGUGAAGAGGAGAGAUAGAGAAAGGGUGGUGCCUCAGUGAACAAGAAACAGGGUGAGGCAGCAGAGUGAGAGGAGAGAGCAGUGUGCGUGUGACUGAAGGGAUCCAGACAUGGGACUAGCACUGCAAUGACAACCAUGCUUAGCCCUAAAAACAGACAGACACGCAGGGCCCGCUCUAAGAGCAUGGUGCUGGGCCGCUGCAGUUCUCCUCUAGGCCAGGAGAUGACGCUGAAGGCCGGCUGGCUGAAGAGACAGAGGAGCAUCAUGAGGAACUGGCAGCUACGGUGGUUCGUUCUCCACACUGACGCACUGUACUUCUAUAAGGACCAGGAUGAGACUAAACCUCAGGGAUGCAUCAUUCUCCAGGGCAGUCAGGUCAGUGAGCUGUCGGCCAAUCAGGAUGAAGCUGGUCGCCACCUGUUUGAGAUUGGUCCAGGAGGCAGUGGAGAGAAGGAUCGUUCGGGUCUGAGCGAGUCUUUCCUGUUGAUGGCUAAGUCUCAGAGUGACAUGGAGGAAUGGGUCAGAGCCAUACGGAGAGCUAUAUGGGCCCCGCUAGGAGGAGGUAACACACACAAACACACACACACACACACAUACUCAUACACACACUCACACACACACAGACACACACGCACAGAAAACACACACACACACAAACACGUAACGUCCUGUAAGAGCCAGUUGAUUGUGUGUGUGUGUGUGUGUGUGUGUUCUUGGAAUCUGGGUGUCAUUGCUCUAGGUAUUUUUGGGCAGCAUUUAGAGGAGACAAUGCAGUGUGAGAGUGGGUGUGGCAGCAGCAGCAAGCCUCUGGUGCCUCUGCUGGUGCAGCAGUGUGUGUGUUUUAUACACCAGCACGGCCUAACGGAGGAGGGGCUGUUCAGAAUGCCUGGACAAACCAAUCACGUACGAGAGCUGCAGGACGCCUUUAACUGCGGGGAGAAACCACUGUUUGGCAGUAACACUGAUGUCCACACGGUGGCGUCCCUGCUGAAGCUGUACCUCAGAGAGCUGCCAGAGCCUGUGGUGCCUUUCAACAAAUACACAGAGUUCCUCUCCACUGCUCAGCUCCUGGCCAAGGACCAGGAGGAGGGGAUCCUUGAGCUGGGCAGGCAGUUGAAGAGUCUUCCUCAGGUCAACUACAACCUCCUCAGCUACAUCUGCAGAUUCCUAGAUGAGGUCCAGUCCCACUCAAGUCAGAACAAGAUGAGUGUUCAGAACCUGGCCACUGUGUUCGGACCCAACAUCUUCCGACCAAAGAUGGAGGACCCACAAAUCAUGAUGGAGGGCAGUUCCCAGGUGCAGCACCUGAUGACUGUACUGAUCAGUGAACACUGUCGUCUGUACCAGGGGCAGGCAGAGACUCCCAGGCAGGACCAAUCUGCCCCUCCUCCAACUCCCUAUCCCCGGAUCCCCCCGAUUCAGCGCUGCAGUGUGGAAUGGAACUCACAGGAGGACAUCCCGCCCCCCAACCCCGCCAAGGACUAUCCAUCCCUGGGACAGACCCCUACCACCCCAAGUCAGGAACCACUUCAACCCCUCCCGACCUCCACAGUGUCCUCUCUUGACACUGACCACCCUGGAUCAACCCCCAAGGAAAGAACAGAGGGGGAUUCUGAGGGAAUGAAUGGUGGAAGAACAGAAGAAAAGACGGAGAGGAAGAGUGAGGGAAAGAGCCAAAUAAAGGUCUCGGGUGGUAGUGGCGCAGACCUCGGUCCCAGUAAGCAGUCCAAAAGCCAGUCUUCAUGGAGGUCCUCUUUGAAGGGCAGGUCCGGGUCAGGGGGGGUAAGGGGGAAGUUGGGGGGGUCAGCAGUUGAUGUGUCGACAGUCACCGGAGGCCACUGGCUGAUGAAUGGCCUGACGUCCUUCCGGAGUCACCGGCGGACCGCUUCGACCGGCGAACGACUCAAAGAGUCCUCGCUUUGCCUGAAAGAGACACAUAUAGAUUCUCUGCUAGACUCAUAUACUGAGUCCUCUUUGUUGCUAAAAGACUCUUCACACUCCCAAAGAAGCACCCUAAAAGACUCAGCUCUUUUAGAUAUAGACUCCUCCUGUUCUACUAUAGUUCCCUCCUAUCCCAAAAUAAAGUCCUCCCUAUCUGUCAGAAACUCCCCCCAUUCCAACAGGCUCUCGACCUAUGACAACGUUAUUGUCACUCCCUGCAGUCUGAGCUUGCCAAUUGGCAGCCCCUCCCCCUGGACCUCUUGUGAGAUCCCGUUGGCUGAAUCUACAGGAAUUGAGCACGACGCACUGAUUUCUGAUUUAGGGUCAGGGCAGGCUGUGGCGGGGUCCUCGAUGGCUGGGGGCAGUAGCUCUCCUCUAGAACUGUGUGUGAGCAGCGCUGAGGGUGACUCUGGGGAUGAUAUCACAGGUCAGAGGUCAGGGGUCAAUGAGGGUCUGUUGACAGAGUUGAAGGAGGAGCUGAGGAGACAGAGGAUCAGCUAUGAGACACGCAUACACAAAUUAGAGGAUUCGUGUUCAGGUCUUCGUCUCCAGUCUGGUCGUUUAGAAGAGGAUCUAGGCCAGGAGAAGAAGAGGUUAUUCAUGAUGGAGAUCCGACUGGGGAACUCGGAACGCGCAAGGCAAGAUGCUGAGAGCCGGAAUGUUCUCCUGCAGAAAGAGAUGGAAGAGUUAUUUGCUACACUGGGGAACCUGACCACUGGCACAGAUACCAGCUAGACCUGAGCAGACAGCGUUAGCCCACCGAGCAAAAGCCUACCCGCUGGGCACAAACUGAAUGACUCACUGUUGUUUCAACAUAAUACGUCAACGUAUAGCGACAUGGAAUUUAUGUGGGAAAUACAUGAGAUUUGGAAAAAAGUAACGAACGUAAAAUGUGGUUUUGAGGGUGAAAUUUCAAACACAGGAUUAUGUCAUCAUGGUAACCAAAUGUCAACAUAGACCAACCUUGUAUAAAAUAUGUUGAACUUGUACCUUUAAGAAAACAUCAGAUCUUCAACCUUAUAUCCACAAUCAAAAAAAUAACUAUAGGCUGGGCAGCACCUCCUACUGGAUAAUUUAUCUAUGACUACCCUUUGGUCUACCAUCCAGGGUUUUAACCAAACCCUGCGUAACUAUGAUAUUUGUCACUGACUAUCACCAAUGUGCUAUUGCGAGAAUGAUUGUUGAGAGAUCUCCACUUAUUCCACAAACUGGAAUUAAAGCCAGACUAAAUCAGUGGCACAUACGGAACUAUCCAAGCAGAAGACACAUCUCCUUCAAAUGUUGAUAUUUGGUUGUGUUGACAAAUCAAACACAAUUCAAUGUCACUUUUGAAAUAGUAUAAAUAGCCAAUAAACUUGUCGACAAAUUAACAAAUAUAUAUGUUGGAUUCACUUCUCCAACUCAACCAAAAAUAAAAGUUAAAGAAUGGGAUUAAGCCAGUGGCACGGAUGCAACUAUCCAAGAAGUAGAUACAUCUUCUAACACAAUUCAAUAUGGGCCCGAUUCAGACUUAGGAAAGGCGUACACACUUUUCAGUAGUUCCUAUUCAGACUUACCUUAUGCAGGUGCGUAACGGGCUUUGCAGGUGUGGUUCCCUUGCACGCUCAGAAUAAAUGUAAUUCAACUGCUGAAAACCCUCCCACUUGCUAGCUAACAUAUUUUUUUGUGGAGUUUUCAUUGAAUAGGGUUUUCAGUACCUUACCCCUUUAAAUUAGGUGUACCUUUUAAUGUUAAUUUUCUCAACAGACUCACUAUUCAGAGCCCUUGGCUUUUUCCACAUUUUGUUACGUUACAGCCUUAUUCUAAAAUUGAUUAAAUUGUUUUUUCCCCAUCAUCAGUCUACACACAAUAUCCCAUAAUGACAAGGCAAAAACAGUUUUUUUUGUGCAAAUAUAUAUAUAUAUAAAAAGGAAAUAUCACUUUUACAUAAGUAUUCAGACCCUUUACUCAGUACUUUGUUGAAGCACCUUUUGCGGCGAUUACAGCAUCAAUUAUUAUUCGGUAUGACGCUACAAACUUGGCACACUUGUAUUUGGGGAGAUUCUCCCAUUCUUCUCUGCAGAUCCUCUCAAGCUCUGUCAGGUUGGAUGGGGAGAGCUAUUUUCAGGUCUCUCCAGAGAUGUUUGAUCGGGUUCAAGUCCGGGCUCUGGCUGGGCAACUCAAGGACAUUCAGGGACUUGUCCCGAAGACCCUCCUGUAUUGUCCUGAAUGUGUGCUUAGGCUCUGAGGUCCUGAGCGCUCUGGAGCAGGUUUUCAUCAAGGAUCUCUCUGUACUUUGCUCUGUUCAUCUUUGCCUCGAUCCUGACUAGUCUCCCAGACACUUCCGCUGAAAAACAUCACCACACCAUGAUGCUGCCACCCCCAUGGGAUGGUGCCAGGUUUUCUCCAGACGUGACGCUUGGCAUUCAGGCCAAAGAGUUCAAUCUUGGUUUCAUCAGACCAGAGAAUCUUGUUUAUCUUGGUCUGACAGUCUUUAGGUGCCUUUUGACAAACUCAAAGCAGGCUGUCGUGCCUUUUAAUGAGGAGUGGCUACCAUCUGGCCACUCUACCAUAAAGGCCUGAUUGGUGGAGUGCUGCAGAGAUGGUUAUCCUUAUGGAAGGUUCUCCCAUCUCCACAGAAGAACUCUAGAGCUCUGUCAGAGUGAUAAUCGCGUUCUUGGUCACCUCCCUGACCAAAGCCCUUCUCCCCCAAUUGCUCAGUUUGGCCGGGUGGCCAGCUCUAGGAAGAGUCUUGGUGAUUCCAAACUUCUUCUAUUUAAGGAUGAUGGAGGCCACUGUGUUCUUGGGCACCUUCAAUGCUGCAGCCAUUUUGUGGUACCCUUCCCCAGAUCUGUGCCUCAACACAAUCCUGUCUCUGAGCUCUACAGACAAUUCCUUCGACAUCAUGGCUUGGUUUUUGCUCUGACAUGCACUGUCAACUGUGGGACCUUAUAUAGACAGGUGUGUGCCUGUCCAAAUCAUGUCCAAUCAGUUGAAUUUACCACAGGUGGACUCCAAUCAAGUUGUAGAAACAUCUCAAGGAUGAUCAAUGGAAACAGGAUGCACCUGAGCUCAAUUUCUAGUCUCAUAGCAAAGGGUCUGAUUACUUAUGUAAAUAAGGUAUUUCUGAUUUUUAGAUUUUAUAAAUGUGCAAAAUGUUUUUUUUUUUUAUGUUUUCGCUUUGUGGUUAUGGGUUAUUGUGUGUAGAUUGCUGAGGAUUCUUUUUUUGCAUUUAGAAUCAGGCUGAAACUUAACACAGUGUGGAAAAAGUAAAGAGGUCUGAAUACUUUGCGAAGGCACUGUAUGUAGACAACGGUUCAGAAAACUAGAGAUAAUUUAAUGAAAGUCAUGUAAAUACACACAUAUGUCUCAUUUUCAGCAUCUAUUGGUAUAUUAAAAAAUGUUCUGAUCUUGUAUUAUUUAGGGUUAGGAAAUUAUUUAUGAAUAAAAUAAAACAAAAACUGGUUUGUAGAGCCUUUACGUGCAAAAUAAUGGUGAAUAAAACAAUAGAAAAUAUUCCCACGUAAAAACCUCUCACAUGUAAACAUUUUAAUUGGUAGUUUCAUGUGAAAAACAUUUACAUGUGAUUGUUUUUCACGUGAACUUGCAAUUCCACAUGUGAAAGGGAGAAUUUCAUGUGAAUUCUUUUCAUAUUUGAAACUGCAAAUUAGAUUUUUUUUACAUGUGAUCUGUUUGCAAUUUUCAAUUCCACAUGUGAAAAUCUAAUUUGCAGUUUCAUGUAGAAAACUCCACAUUUACUCCAAUGUUUGUAAACAAAGUAGAUGUAAACAAACCAUAUAUAACCUAAAAACAUGCUUUAAACUAUAAUAUUGAUAUCAUGGAGUUCUUGCAGCCAUAGUGUAGUCUAUGGAUUUGAGAGCAGUUGCAUUUCUCCAGCCCCAGGCCUUACAUUUUUUGCAAAACUGCGGUAGGGAUCACACUUAGUUCAUGUUUAAAUUAAGGAUUGCCGCUUUAAACACCUUUUAAUAGAUUAGUAGUGUUAUUAUAUGGUGCAAUCCUUUUGUGAUUGAGUUACUUUUGUGCCAUUAGUAUCAAGCAAAACUUCUGAAGUCGAGAAGAAAAUUGUUAUUGUUGCAAACAAAAAUAAUGAUACUGAAAGCAAAACACAAUAUUGAAAGGAAAACAUGUUUAAUGCGAGAGCAAUAAAUUGUAAAUGGAUGCAAAAAAAAAUGUUUUCAGGUAAACAUUUUUUGAUAACGCAAUUAAAUAAAACAUCCCCCUCUUUCCUGCAAUUUUCCCUCUCUUUGAUUGUUAACCUGGCCUUUUUUCCAGUUGCAAGUUCUAGCACAUUUAUUCCAGCAACAUAGCACCCUGCAUCACACUUCUGGUUUGCUGCUGAAGCGAAGUACGGUUGGUCCUGUUCGGUCCCUGGAUGUAGCUGGAAGUGGUGUCCGAAAUCCAAGUCAGACUCGUGAACAUUUCACAUGUAAAACAAAUAAAUAAAAGUUAUAUGUGAUUUCUU